AUGUCGCGGACUCAAAGCUGGCUGUUCCUCGCGAGCUCGUCCACAAGGAGAGUCCCGCUGCUCGCCGGGCUCUCCCGCCUGUCAAGCUCCACCAAGGCAUUGACGCGGGCUCGGACAGAAGCCUCGACGUCAUCGACGACCACGACGACGACCAUUAGGUCGACAGCUUCCCUGCUGGCGGAGGCGUCCCGUGUAUCACCAUCGACGUACUACUACUACGGCGACGCCGCAGUGAGCGUCAUGUCCGUGCUGAUACUCGUCUUUAUGGUGCUCUCGGUCCUGGGCAAUGCGAUGGUAGUGCUGACGGUGGUGCGGCAUCGCGGCAUGCGCACGCGCACCAACAUGUUCAUUGUCAACUUGGCCGUCGCCGAUAUCCUGGUGGCUGUGCUGGACAUGCCCGUUUCGCUCGCCACGUUGCUCAGGGGAGACUGGACCCUUGGAUACGGAUUCUGUCAGUUCAACGGCUUCACCAUGGCGCUGUUGCUCAUGUGCUCCAUCCACACGCUCAUGUACAUGAGCGUCCACAAGUACGUGAGCAUCACGCGACCCUUCAGCAGGGCCAUGACCAAGCGGAGGGUGGGGUUCCUCAUCGCGGCAGCCUGGCUCUGGCCUUUCUUCUGCGCCCUCACUCCUUUUCUCGGCCUCACCAAAAUAGUAUACAAGAUAGGCGCGUCGCAGUGCGGCCCUGCGUACCCGCACUCGAUGAAGAUGUACGCCCACUCUGCGCUCAUCACGGUCACCAACUACUUCGUGCCGCUGAUUGUGAUGGGCUUCUGCUACUUUAACAUCUUCCGGGCCAUUGGCGAGCACAUGACACGCGUGAAGGCCACCUCUAACAUCAGCCUCCACAACUCGGUGACCCAGCAGAAGCGCAUAAACGUCACCCUGGUCCUGGUGCUGCUUUGCUUCCUGUUCUGCUGGACGCCAUACAUGAUCUACACCUUCGUCGUGAACAGCAGGACAAGCAAGACGAAGGUGCCCUACAUUCUCAACCCGGUGGCGUACUGGUUCGGCUACCUGAACUCUGCCUGCAACCCGAUCAUCUACGCCUUCCGGAGCCCGUCGUUCAGACACGGCUACAAGGAACUGCUCUUCGGGAGCGGCGUCACCGUCGUCAGCUGCGAAGGUGAGGCGCCCUUCCUGUGGCUUCCUUCAGACGCCGCGCUCUGGGUGAAUGAAGCGCCGGCAGGAUGAGGAAGUGGGCCAUCACGCCGUUCCGGUUGGA